AUGUUUUUCUCCCCUUGUGUCAACGUUCAAGCUUCGCUGAAAAGGCUGGAUGCCACCGGACUGGAACGUUUGAACCCAGUACCAACUCUGACCGCCGGGACUAUUGCUGGGGACCCCUUGCUCUCAGUUCGUAUAUUUGACUGCCUCAGCUUUUUACGACGUGAUUUGCCCAGAAGACAGGAUUUUUUGUCACAUUCUAGCUAUCUGGUACAGGUUGUCAAUACCGAAGGCCUACCUCUGGUACCAUUGCAGACAGCGAAAUGCCUACCGGUCGUGUCCGCAACCGGUAAUUUGCAUCACGGCGCAAAUCUUUCGGCCUGCGAAAUAAAUGUGCCCCUUGACCUCUCCCGCGCACCGCUCCUCGCGGCGCCCAAAGGUCGCAUCACCCUACUCCUUUUUUCACUUUCUGGACGACCGCUUAUCACCUCCGAUGUCCAGCUGGAAUCCGCUACUGUCGCAGUCCAACAAGAUACCAGCCUCAGCAGUUGGCUUCUUGUCUUUUCGUACCUACCAAUUGUCUUUUUUACCGGCAUCAUCAUCUUGUUUCUGCCCUCUCAAAGCGACCACAUGACCACAUUCUCCAAUUACCACUUCUGA